AUGGCCUUGUUCGGGGAAGAGGUGGAGGAUGAAGAUAGGGAUAAGUGGAUCGUGUGGUUCGAUGGCGCAUCCAACGCCCUAGGCCAUGGAGUUGGGGUAGUUUUGGUCACUCCCGACAUUCAAUGCAUACCCUUCGCGACAAGGUUGUGCUUCGAUUGCACAAAUAGCAUGGCUGAAUACGAGGCAUGUGCCCUUGGGAUCCAAGCAGCAAUUGACUUCAACGUCAAAUUGCUCAAAGUAUACGAAGACUCAGCCUUGGUGAUCAAUCAAUUGAAAGGAGAAAGGGAGACCAGGGAUCACAAAUUGAUACCUUAUCAAGCCUACAUCAAGAAAUUGAUGGAGUUCUUCGAUAAUAUCUCCUUCCACCAUAUUCCCAAAGAGGAGAAUCAAAUGGCCAAUGCGCUUGCUACUCUAGCAUCCAUGUUUCAGUUAACCCCGCAUGGAGACUUAUCGUACAUCCAGUUCAGAUGUCGCGGCAAGCCUGCACAUUGCUGCUUGAUAGAAGAGGAGCAAGACGGUAAACCGUGGUACUUCAACAUUAAGCGAUACAUCGAGGACAAGGAGUACCCACGAGAGGCUUCCGACAAUGACAAGAGGAUGAUGCAAAGAUUAUCAGCUGGCUUCUUUUUAAGCGAAGGUAUUUUGUACAAGCAAAAUCAUGAUAUGGUCUUGCUCCGAUGUGUGGACGCCAGGGAGGCCAAACAUAUGCUCGUGGAGGUGCAUGGGGGGUCCUUUGGGACUCAUGCCAAUGGACAUGCCAUGGCCCGGAAGAUUCUAAGGGUAGGAUGA